AUGGAGGCCCGAAAGAUCAUCGAGGGCGUCCAGGGUAUCUACGGCGGCCAAACUACUCAUGGUACCUUGCGACUGACCGACUUUCACCUGGUAUUCUGCGCACCCAUCGAUCAGUCGGGCAAACCCCCAGAAGAUCCUUCCCAGAAGCCCAAGGUGCGCGAAAGAUGGAUCCCGUUCCCCAUGCUAUCUUAUUGCGCCAUCCGGCCCGUUCCACCUGGAUCUCGACAGGCGCCGUCUAUCCGUAUGCGAUGCCGUGACUUCACUUUUGUGACGUUCAACUUUACCGAUAGCGAGAUCGCGCGCGAAGCCUUCGAGUUCAUCAAGUCUCGAACAUGCAAAUUAGGAACGGUGGAGAAGCUCUAUGCCUUUAAUCACAAGCCCCUUAAGUUUGAGCGCGAGGUUGCCGGCUGGUCCUUCUACGAUCCGAAAGCGGAAUUCAGACGGCAAGGAAUCAGCGAGAAGCUGCCCGACAAAGGCUGGAGGAUCACUCACAUCAACAAGGACUAUACUUUCUGCGACACUUAUCCUGCUUUCUUGGUUGUCCCUACCAAAAUAUCGGACAACGUUCUCAAAUAUGCAAAGGAGUUCCGUUCGAGGAAUCGUGUGCCUGCGCUGUCAUACAUCCAUCCCAUCAACAACUGCACCAUCACUCGAAGCUCUCAGCCACUUUCAGGUAUUACAAGAAAGACAAAUGUCCAAGACGAAAAACUUGUAGCAGCAUCGUUCAAUGCGUUGAUGCCAUCGGGAUCCGAAGACACAACACCCCUCUCAAGUCAAGCCGAUGUGUCUCUAGGGAACUCAUCACUGGAACCGGAGCUUUCAGAGACGGAACGCUAUGAAGAUGAGCUUAUUUCAAGAUCUACUGCUGUCUAUGACGCCUCUGGAAAGCGACAAGUGUAUGGAGCACAACAGAGUAAUUUGAUUGUGGACGCCCGUCCGACUAUCAAUGCAAUGGUCAAUCAAGUACAAGGAAUGGGCUCGGAGAAUAUGGACAAGUAUAAGUUCGCUCGGAAAAUCUUCCUUAGUAUUGAGAAUAUCCACGUCAUGCGAAGCUCUCUCAAUAAGGUCGUUGAUGCUCUCAAGGAUGCAGACAUCUCCCCUUUACCACCAAAUAGAGAGCUGCUCCAACAUAGUAAUUGGUUACGGCACAUCCAUGAUGUGCUGGAUGGCUCAGCUAUUAUCACCAGACAGAUUGGCAUCAACCACUCACAUGUCCUCAUUCACUGCUCUGAUGGCUGGGACCGCACAAGUCAACUAAGCGCUUUAGCUCAAAUCAUGCUGGACCCUUAUUUUCGCACCAUCGAGGGUUUCAUCGUUCUUGUGGAGAAGGACUGGCUUUCGUUCGGUCACAUGUUUAGAUUGCGAUCUGGUCACUUGAAUCACGAGGACUGGUUCACGGUUCAAAAGGACGCUUUUGCAGGUGCGAAGGUGCAACCUGGAGAGAACGACGGUAGAGGUGACGCAUUCCAGAAUGUGUUGAGUGGCGCGAAGCGAUUUUUCAAUCAGAACAAGGACGAUCCAGACUUGGCUGCGGUCAGUGAAACGGCACCUGGUAAGGUUGUUGAUGAUGAAGCUACCAGCCCAAAGAUGGUCAGUCCUGUCUUUCAUCAAUUUCUCGACUGCACUUAUCAGCUUCUACGCCAAAACAAGACUCGCUUCGAGUAUAACGAACGAUUUCUACGACGUCUCCUAUACCAUUUGUACUCUUGCCAAUACGGCACAUUCUUGUUCAAUUCUGAGAAACAAAGAAAAGACGCCCGAGCCGCAGAGCGGACAUCUUCGGUUUGGGACUACUUCCUCUGUCGUCGAGCUGAGUUCACGAACCCAGACUAUGACGCCAGUAUCGACGAUCAUGUCAAGGGGCAGGAGAGAAUUCUGCUACCGCGACUCAAGGAGAUCAGGUGGUGGCAUCAGUUGUUUGGAAGAACAGAGGAUGAGAUGAAUGGUGGCCUCAACGCCGCAGCCGCAGCAGAAACGGAUCGGCAAACCGCCAUAUCGAAUCUCCAGUAUCCCAGCGUCAUUCAAGCAGAUGCUGAUCCUAGAGCAUCAACUUCGAGCUCCAAAUCAGAACCUCCCUCAGUCCUUUCUGGAGUUGAAACUGCACACGAGAUAUUGACUCCUGAGUCACGGCAUACACCAAUUGAACGAAGCGCAUCUACCGAGCCCAGUGGCAACACCUUUACCGCUAUUCGAGACGGUAUCGCGAACCUCAACCUUGGCAAAGGAAUGUUAGGGCAACUUGCAAAUACUAGCGAGUCUACUUCAUCCUCAACUUCAGCUCCCGCCCCUUCUCGCAGCGACCAGGAGCUGGGUGAGAUGACAUAG